UUCGACGGCGAGAGCGACGGUGGACAGCUCCAGUGCUGAAAAUAUCUCCGAAACGACGCUCUCACUGUCUCGUCUGAAUCCAUCUGUGUUGUACAGAGCGUUCGUAUGACAGCAACAAUCUGGCACUAUCUCAGUAUUUAAUCCAUAUUUUAUUCACUGUUGUUGUCUGCUUGCCGUCCAUUGGAGGUGGCGAGAAAAAGGGUGCGUAACACCUGUUAGAGACUCAAAAAACUAUUGACUAUAGGCUAGUCUAACAGAUUUCUCCGUGAGGAAGAGAGCAACGAGUGUGAGAAUGAUGAGUUGCUAUUUGCUCGCCACACGGCUGUGCUGACGCUAACUAAUCUCCGAAAGCAAAAAUAAAGCCGUUUAUAUAUCCGUUUAUUCCUAAACCCGACUGCUUUCCGCCACAAACAGCGGACAUGGAUGGAAAGGAAUUUACUGUGACGAGAGCGCUGAGUGGAUUUGUGUGGCAGUACUGCUUCCUUGGAAACUAAGCUAGACCCUUGUAAGUGCAUCUUUGUAGGCUACUGACACCAGAGGAUCAAUUUUCAUUGUCAAACAAGGGUUUAUUUUUUAUACAACUCUGACCUCCCUUUUUUGCUAUUUGAAAGUAUUAAAAGGGACCUGAUUACGUCUGAAAAUGGGGAAAGAGGAGUGCAAAACCAUGCUGGAUGCUCUGAACAAAGUGACCGCUUGUUAUAGGCAUCUGGUCAUAGCUCUAGGUAGCACUUCAGACUCCCAGAAUCUACGUGAAGAGCUGAAGAAGACUCGCAAAAAGGCACAGGAGUUGGCUGUGGCCAACAGGACUAAACUGACCACUCUUCUCAAGGAUAAGAGCAUCAGCAAGGACGACCGAGCCGAAUACGAGCGGCUAUGGGUGCUUUUCUCCAGCAGUAUGGAGCUCUUGGAGGUAGACAUGAAAAGGUCUCUUGAAAUCGGCCAGGAUUUCCCGCUGAAAGUACCCACUCGGCACCUCAUCCAAACGGGAAUGACGGGAGCCACCACGACUGUGGCUGCCCGGGCCAUGAGCGUGCAGAACAUGAAGUAUGAUGCCGACGCUAACAUCGAUACGGCGGACCUGAAAGACCUGGAAACCGAAAUCGUGCAGGUCGGGCAGAUGAGAGAGGAGAUGGAGAUGAAGGUUCAAGUAGCACCGUGGGCAGUUGAGGCGAAGCAGGAAGCUGGUGCAGAGCUCAAAUCCACUGUUAGUGUUGGAAAUUCCUCAGUUGGCGUUAUAUCCAUCUGCGAGGAAGAGCCUAAGGAUGGAGAGGACGGCGAGAAUGAUAUCAUGAAAAUUUUUGCCGGCAUCAUUUUUGUCGCAAUUUUACUCAUGGCUGCUAUUUUAGGAUACCUAGUGAUCAACCUUUCGUGAACGAAACUAACGAUUUACUUGCAUUCAAAGUGUUAAUCAUUUGAGUGAACGAUGAACAGUGUACUGAGGUGCCCCAAAGACGCUGAUACAAUGUUAAGAAAAGGUAAACGCAUUUCAGAAAUAGGCUAAUGUUUACCCAUGCACAACAGGGAAACGAGAGACGUAUCUGCCAACUCGACUGUGGUGGCCCAGUGUUGUAGUUAAAUGUAGAGAGCUCUAUGAGUGGAUUUGUGCUGAUAUGAGAAUAGAUGAUGGUGCUCAGCAAUAGAAGAAGAGGCACAUAGGACACAGACGGGUAACACAGGCGUGUUAAUGGUUUGGACAAUGUCAAUACCAGAUAUAAUCCGAAUGGAUUAGUCAAAAGCAUGUAUGCAUUAACGUCCGAUGGAAUAAAUCGCCCAACAGAUAGAAUAAUCAUUUUUUAGUGCACGGACGUAGGCUAUCACAUGUGCUAUAUGGAGUGUCUGAAAGUAGAAUUAAUAAUUGGAAAACAGUACAUUAGCAGAUCUGUAUCUGUGCGCAAAGACUGAGCCUUUUGGAAAAAGUUAUUUUUCUAGUAUGGAAGUAUUUAUCGCCUCGCUCACUUGGUCCAUGCUCAUUGGAUGGCAGUUUUCUUUUCCAUUUGUACGAGUAACCAGCCUAGACAAGCUUUAAUCAUAUUCCCGACGUCCUUUUAGCAUAAUAAGGUCUCGUUCAAAUCUAGUAUGAGCUCUUUUAUUCAGGAUUACAGAUUCUUGCGCUUAGUUUUAUUGGUUUCUGUUUUAACUUUUCAAAAGGCCUCUCAAUCUAUUGUGCUGUCCUCUGCCAAUGAAGGCGUGUGCAGGGUUUAUGUGAUCAUGACGGGAGUUAGUUUAUUUGUAUAUAAUUGUUAUUACUAUUGUUGGAUUAUUUGUUGAAAUAGUGUAUAUACAAUAAAAUAUAUUUAUUAUAUAUAAAUCUA